AUGAGCACGACCGCGCCUCUCGCCGACGACGCGCCGCCGCCCGCGUACUCCGAGGAAGAGCUCGACACGAAGAUCUCGCAGGCCAUCGAGGAGUCCCUGCGCCUCGACGCCAAGGGCGCGCCACAUGACAACGUGGCGGACGAGUGGGAGGAGUGGGAUGAGGCGCUUUUCGAGGCGAACUGCCGCGAGGCGCAGAGCCCGGGCGCGGGGUCGUCGUCCGCGGCGUCGCCGACGAUGGUGUACUCGGAUACGCUGUCCAGCGCGGCCGCGGUAUCUCCGCCGAUGUCGACGGCGUCUGGGCCGUCCUCGGGGUCGUCGAGUGUGGGGCGCAUGCCGACUGUGCGUCCUCUUCGCCUGCAUCGACCGUCGCCGUCGGUCACGUCGAGCGGUGGUACGGAGAAACCGCGUCCGAGCUGGUAUGCUGAGGCUGGCCUCGGUCGACCGAGCGAUCAAUCUGAGUCCUCUCGGAACCCUCUCCCCGUUCCUCCGCCGCCUCCCCUCCCCGCCGAAUUGCGCCAGCCCCAGACACCUCCGACCGACGACGACGCGCCGCCUGCCUUUACGCCUGUGGGACCCUCGCUCGAUGGCCCGGCCUACGAGGAAGUCGUCCAUCUCGAAUACCACGUGCCCGAAAGCCAAGCAUCCUCUCCUCUCACAUCCCCCGUCAUCCUUCCUCUAGACGCCUCCGUACGACUAUCAUACGAGGGUCCGCAGGAUCUGGGACAUGAAGACGACUCCGAGGAAGAGACAGAUAACAUGCCAGCACCCCCACCUCCCCCACUCCCUCGCGUUCGCGGGCCACGAGCAGCACCGGCACCUCCGCGAUCGCGCUUCAGCGAUCCAGUGCCGCAGGCGCUCGUAGGCAUUCCACGCGUGCAGUUCAAUCCAUCUCUGGCGUACAAGCGCGAGGAAGCUGUAGGUGCGAUGGAGCCAGCUGCUGCACCCGCACCGCCCCCGAAGGGCGACGCUAUGGCAUUCUACAACUCCGCGGUAUCCUCAGUGCUCAAACCGCGGACAGCGCCGCACGUCCCUGCGUCCGUGAACAACCGAUAUUCCAUGCUCCCACCAGGCGCUGCUGCGCCUACCCACCCACACUCGUUGGGCUAUGGAGACCAUCCUUCGCAAGGCAAUACCCAGUCCUGGUACAAUCCUGUCCCAGUGCAUGCCCCUGUGGCAAGCUAUCCCCCUUCCGCGCCGCAGUUCUACCAGCAUCGUUGA